CUCGAAUCCUGGGCGGCUUCCCGACAGGCUCAUCUAACCUGGUCACUGCUGACCCGGUCACCACCACCACCAACCCAAGCGACCUUUUGCCAACUUCGACACUUUCGUUUCCAUCGCAUCUGCGCCCUCGAGAGAAACACCCGUAUCGACUGUACUUCGUCUUCGAGUAUCUUCUUCAAUCAAUCAAUCGAUCGAUCCCUUCCAUCUUUACACCAUCUACGGAGUACAACGCCCGAUUUGCCUGCUCGUUAACCCGAUCUCCUCCCAACCAGCCACAUCCUUCCUGUACCUCGUCAGAUCACCUCCCCAUUUGGCCCCGUCGUCAAUCUCGAGGUCCUCCUCAGCCGCAUCGUCGCUGGCCGCUUGUUCGACCUCUGGCCCCUUUGCGACCACUUCGGACGUCCCUUCUUCAAUACCCUACCUCCUGAUCCAAGGUUCGGCGCAUGGUGCUCCUAUCUGUUCGCCACAUUCGUCUGCGCGCACGCCAAACGAUCAGGUCUUCGUCGGCCACCGCUCGCCCCACAUGAGCGGCAGCGCUGCCACUCAGCCUUCAUCAGGCGCUUCGGUGCAAGACCCCAAUCCGACUGACAGCUCGACUCCUCCUGCCGCCGAAACCUCACAGCAAACUCAAGGCAAUGAAACAAUGACCGAUAAGACCAAACAGCAGCCGCCUUUGGUCACCAUACCUUCUCGCACGUCGUCCCAUCAGAAAUCGGCAGAAAAAAAUCCCAUUGUUCCUGCUCCGUCGGCCGCAGCAAAUGACACAUCCUCAGUUCCGAGGCGAGCUUCCAAGCGGAGUCUACUGAGUCGUAGUAGGAACAACAGCAGAAGCAGUAGACGGUCAGCGAAAGCUUCUCGAGCUGGAGAUGCCUCCAAAGAGUCAGUUCCACCUCUACCUCAAAGCCCUGCCUCGAAAACGAGCCAGAAACCUCGGAGCGGUUUCCUUGCUAUCUUGAAUUGUUGUAUCCCACACGAACCGCCGGGCGACAACAAGUCGGAUGAUCCCGAGGUCGCAGCGAAGAAGAUCAAGAUUCAGCCCCCACCACAGAAAACGGCCUCUCGGCCCCAAGAUGGGACGGAAUUGGUCGAGAAUGAGAAGCCCGAUACAGACAAACCCACCGCCGAAGAGUCAGUAUCACCUGGACGAGCUGUGCAGGAUGAGAAGUCAUCGAUACCCGAGAAACAAAUAGCCGAAGACUCACGGCCCAGGUUAUCGCGGGAGUUGGCUUACCACGAGAAAGCUACUCUUCCCAAUGAGACCACCGCUACAGCGACGCGAGCAUCAGGGAGCAAGGGCGGAUUAGUGACAGAUGUUGCCGAUGGUCAGCAGAAUAUCAAGACUUCCACUAUAUCUGCUGCCGAGAAGACAGCCAAUCCUGAUGUCAACAUCAUCGCGGCAACACCGAUAGAACCGGAACAUCCCAAGAAAGGUCAUGAGGUCGACAGCGUCGACGUGGGUGACGUCGAUAUGUAUGAGGCUCCUCCUGCUGUCCCAGAACUCGACCCGGAGCCUGUAGAUGAGCCGAUACAACCCGCGGAACUCCAACCUCAAGUUCCCCUACCUCCUCCGCCUCCGCUGUCCAAGCGGCAAGAGCAGGUCACCACCAACGAAGUUCCCCCAGUGCCAGAUGCCGCUUUAGAAAAGCAGACGUGGCUUUUGCCUCCAGUCAACGCCCAUCUAAAGGGCCGAAAAUGCCUGAUACUUGAUCUGGAUGAAACCCUGGUGCACAGCAGUUUCAAGAUUCUCAACCAGGCUGAUUUCACUAUUCCCGUCGAGAUUGAAGGGCAAUAUCACAAUGUAUAUGUGAUCAAACGCCCUGGAGUGGAUCAGUUCAUGAAAAGGGUAGGCGAGUUGUACGAAGUCGUCGUCUUCACAGCAUCCGUCUCGAAAUAUGGUGAUCCGUUGUUGGAUCAGCUCGACAUCCACAAAGUCGUUCAUCACAGGUUAUUCAGAGAAAGUUGUUACAAUCACCAAGGGAACUACGUCAAGGACCUUUCACAAGUAGGACGAGAAUUAAAGGACACAAUUAUUAUCGACAAUUCACCAACGUCAUACAUUUUCCAUCCUCAACAUGCUGUCCCAAUCAGUUCCUGGUUUUCCGACGCCCAUGAUAACGAGCUGUUGGAUUUAAUUCCGGUCCUUGAAGAUCUUGCAGGCCCUCAAGUACAGGAUGUGAGUCUGGUACUGGACGUGGCUCUGUAAGCUCCGCGAGCUCUAGGUGGCCAGUCAAACGGUGCCUUGAUCUACACCUUUUCUUCUUUUGUUCGUAUUAGAACGGCAUUCUAUCAAAAGUCUAUUGGCAUUGUUCCAGCGAGCCAUCCCACGGCUUGAUGCUAAGUAUAUCUCAAGCUCAAGCCCGUCAGGAUCUCUAUGCAUGAGGUGCCAGGCCGGGACUUUUGGGAAAGUCCACCAAAAGAAUCCAAAACACAAAAUUUAACCAAUCUAAUGGCAUUGGGAUGGGACAGCAUGUUUUCAUCUUACAAGACUUUUGACAGUCUCUUCGAAGCCUUGGAGUGGGCAAGUUGUGUCAACGAGUCACUCACAGGGUUUUUGUUUCGUUUGUUUUAUUUUUUGAACGUUGAUUUGCAUAUUGCAGGCGUGCAUCCGACUUUGCUGGCUCUGUGGAUGAGGAGGGAAAAUACCCGGAGUGAUAGGCGUGGAAAAUGGGCUUGUUUCAUUGGGAGACAUACACUUGUACAGUCUAUUGGCUCGUACCUGAAUUCAGCAAUGCAAUUAGAUUGAAGUCUUGAGAAGACGGGCAGACAUUCCGGCUGCGACAGGGAUGAUUUGAUCCUUCUGCCGCGAAAGGCUUUUGUGCUACACCAUGGAGAGAGAGUAUCCAGGUAGAGAGUGAAAGGGGAAAAGUGAGCAGGAGAAUUCAAUAUCGGCGGAUAUCAUUUCCAGACUCAUGUAUUUCGUACACAACUGGGGAUAUUUCUAGCGAUUAGCAAGAAUGCAGACAGACAUGCAUGCAUUGUAUACGGAAUAUAGAGAUAAAGUAACUCGAUAUUGAGGGCAA